GAUAGGCUGCCACCCAACGACCCCAAUCCAACACGAAGACUGGUCCAUCGUCACGUCACCACCCUCCUACUAUACUCCGAUCCGAGCCCUCACCCCUACCGGAACUGCCAUCGGCCGACGGCGCGCCUCCUCCUCCCCAGUGCCGGCGCUCCUGCGCCCCUCCCCCCCCCCCCCCCCCAGGACUCUCAGGCUUGUUCGCUUGCUCUCUCCCUGCACCAUGGGUUCUGACUUCAAGGCAAUCCCCUUGAUUGACAUUAGACCACUGGUCGAAAAGAUUGAUGAUCCGAACAUGGCCAACGACAAGGAUUUGCUACAAGUUAUCAGAAUGUUGGAUGAUGCCUGUAAGGAGGCUGGAUUCUUCUAUGUGAAAGGCCAUGGGAUUGCUGAGUCGCUAAUGAAGGAAGUUAGGGACAUGACAAAGAAGUUUUUCCAGCUUCCUUACGAGGAAAAACUAAAGAUUAAAAUGACACCUCAGAGUGGAUAUAGAGGGUACCAGAGAGUGGGUGAAAAUAUUACCAAGGGUAAACCUGACAUGCAUGAAGCAAUCGAUUGUUACACGCCUAUUGAACCUGGUAAAUAUGGAGAUCUUGCUAAACCAAUGGAAGGAUCCAAUUUGUGGCCCAAAUAUCCAUCAGAUUUUGAUGUACUGCUGGAAAACUAUAUCAGCCUUCUACAGGAUCUUUCAAGAAAGAUCAUGCGGGGUAUGGCAUUGGCAUUGGGUGGGCCAGUUGAUGCUUUUGAAAGUAGUAUAGCAGGAGAUCCGUUUUGGGUUUGCAGACUGAUUGGUUAUCCUGUAUCAACUGAUAUUCCAGAAGAGCAGCGCUCUGAUACUGGAUGUGGAGCUCACACAGACUACGGUCUUUUGACACUGGUUAACCAGGAUGAUGACAUAUGCGCCCUUGAGGUAAGAAACCAAUCAGGUGAAUGGAUAUAUGCCAAACCAAUCCCAGGAACUUUCGUUUGCAACAUUGGUGACAUGCUGAAGGUUUGGUCAAAUGGAAUAUAUCAGCCAACGCUUCACCGAGUUGUUAACAACUCCCCUCAUUACCGUGUAUCGGUUGCUUUUUUCUAUGAGUCAAACUUUGAUGCUGCCGUAGAGCCGGUUGAGUUCUGCCGAGAGAAAACUGGUCUUGUUGCAAAGUAUGAAAAGGUUGUUUACGGGGAGCAUUUGGUUCAGAAAGUCUUGACAAAUUUCGUGAUGUAAAAUUGUGGAAAACAAGAAUGAACAUGUACUCCAAGAUCGGAUCGCAAAAUUUUAUCAAUAAAAUCGUCAUCGAACUUUAAUUGUAGCAGUUGUGUCAUUUGUACCUACAGUCUACUGCACUUUAGGGGCCUUGUGCACGCUAAGGGAGUCUUUGGUUGCCUCUUGUGGAUACAUUUUCCCAUUGUUGCUAGAUUAGCGGCGAGGAGGUCACGCUCAGCCGGAUCAGGGCCUCAGGAGGCGACCGGUUGGAGCAACAAUGCUCGAGUGCUAGUCAUCGAACUAAUCAAUUUCUCUAUGUGAUUGAAAAGGUAUUAGGGUUCUGAUGAUGUUUCCUCAAAUGUAUUGUGGUCCAAAUUUGUUGUGUGAAAAGACGGAUUCGUAAGGAGUCUCAGUAUGUCAUAUGUCUUCAUGGUAUUCGGUGAAUGCAAUAGGUAUAAGAUUCUAUUCAGUUUAAAGACUUUAAUACACAGGGCAACUUUUGGUGCAUU